AUGGGGUAUUGGAGUGGUAGCUUUAGAGAGAUUGCGAAUUCACACAUCCUCGAUGUGCACCUCACCAACGCGCUGAUUGGAAUCAGUGCAGGAGUCGAUAUCCCGAUCAUUACAAUGGUGGGCCGUCAGCUUGGGUGCAGCGAAAACGUCAUCGCCACAUACGUUGCGCUCGUCGCCAUAUGUCGCGUGGUGGCGGACGUCCCAAGCGGUGUGCUUGCGGACUACGUCGAUGUGCGGCGGCUCAUCUCAUGGUCUGUAUUUGUUCUGGCGAUUGGGUGUGCCAUUCCGCUCGUGCUGAAACCGGACACCCUCACACUUGGCAUAUUCGGCGUGCUUAGCGGCUUCUCCACCGGUGUCUUCUUCCUGUCACGGCACAUCUACGUCGCACGCAUCUCGAAGCCGGAGCACCGCGGGAUUGUCCUCUCGUUCCUGGCGGGCGUCCUGCGUUUGUCGCACGUGCUGGGGCCGGUGAUGCUCGGCGCCGUCGCGGCGGAGUGUAAAAACGGUCGGUUCUUCUUUGCGGUGCCGCUCAGCGCCGCCCUCUUGGCGUGGCUGUGCGUUGAGGUUGCCAGGUGUCGUGGCGCCACGCACGAGGCGGAGACCGGGUACGAGAGCAAACGUCUCCUGCCCACCGCACCUGUUGCUAUUGUUACGGCGGCCGCAUCAGACAGCGAGACGGUGCCGAUGGUGCCGUCGUACGAGAGCACCACUGUCAAAUGCAGUGGUGGCUGCCGUGGCUGUGAGCAGAGCACACCGGUGGCGAUGCCCAGGACGCAGGUCUUCUCCUGCACGUCGAAGGGGGGGGACGACUCCCCCUCCUGGUACUGUUCUCUUUGGUCUACCAUCGUGGAAAAUUGGUUUACAAUUUGGCGUCUCGGUCUCUAUAUUGUCCUAUACGUUGCGUUGCGUGCCAAUCGGAAGCUCCUCCUGACCUUCGCGGCGAUGCGGCUCGACUUCACAGACUCGCAUUUGGCGUUUCUGCUCUCACUCAGCUUUUCAUUCGACGCGGUUCUCUUUCCGGUGGGAGGCAUCAUUAUGGACCUCUGCGGUCGUCGCCACUCGAUGCUGACAGCAGUCCUCGCCUUUGGCGUUGCCUUCGCGCUGUUGCCACUCUGGCAGACAGAAAAGUGGCUGUACGUCAUGGCAGCAGUGUUCGGCGUUGCGGAUGCACUAAGCUGCGGUCUUGUCAUGACACUCAUUGCCGAUACGGCACCAGAGAAGAAUGCUGGGUUGUUCUUUGGUGUGAUGCGGACAGUGCAGGACAUGGGACAUGUGUUGGGUGCAUUAGUGGUAUCAAUGUUGAUACAGCGAGUAGAGUUCACGGUGAGCUGCUACAUAUGGGGCGGGGUGGCCAUUCUGGCGGCACUUUGGGCGUCUUUUGGUGUUCCUGUUAUUGUUGUGAACGGAAGCAGCAGCAGCAGCAACAACAACAACACUGAGAAUGACAAGAGCACUAGCGGCAGCAUCCCGUAG